AUGACGGCCGGUAGCGGCACCAAUUCGAGUGGCGGCGCCGGUGGUGGUGGUGGUGGUGGACACUCGGAGAGACCGUCAGAGGAAGGCGGCCUCUCAGUCGAUACAAGCAGCACCACUGGCGGCGGAGGUGGCUCCUCUCCAUCAGCGACGGCUCCUCGUCGUGGCUCCAAACGCCCUCCACCUUCCAUCGCGGCCUCGAGCCAGCUCGACCCACGAAGCAGCAUGUCGUUCAAGAAGCGCAGUAACAGCUCUACGAACCCCAACUCCCGCGGGGCAUCCUUCUCUGUUGCUUCACGAGGAGGAGGGACAGCUGGACGAUCGUUCAGUGGCUUCCUCUUUGGUGGUGGCGGCGGAGGUGGCGGGGGAAGUCGACGUCCCUCUACAUCGAACGACCCGAACGCGCAGCAGCGCCGGUCAUUAGCCGUACCCGGAGUGGAAAGAUGGCGUAACAUGCGACGGGCCCAGACUCUGUCUGUUCACCCGCCCAUUGCAGGUGACCCGGAGGAUCCUUCAUCCUGGUCAUUCCCGGAGCCUAAGCCUCAGAUCCCCUCGCUGCUGCCCAACCAGAAUGCGAACCCGGACGCAACGCCCCUGCCGCUGUUGCCUUUCACGGUCCUUUGCCUAGUCUGCUUUGGCGAAUUCUCCUCAUCAGGAGUAGCCGGCCCCUUCCUCUUCUUCAUGAUCGACUCCUUCAAUGUCGGCGGCGAAUCACAAGUAGGAUUCUGGGCAGGCAUCACAGCCUCCGUCUUCUUCUUUGCGCAAUUCCUCACCUCACUCCUUUGGUCAAGCAUCGCAGAUCGAUACGGGCGACGAGCCGUCCUGCUAGCGAGUCUGUGCGGAAAUGCGCUCACCUUGGCCAUCUUCGGAGCGAGCACGAAUCUGAAGAUGGCCCUUACGGUGAGAAUGGCGCAGGGAUUGUUCAAUGGAGCAGUCGGUGUAGCCAAGGGAGCAAUCAGGGACUUGACGGACCCCACGAACGAGGGGCGCGCCUAUGCCAUCCUUGGCUUCGCAUGGGGUUUUGGUGGUAUCGCGGGUCCUAUCCUUGGUGGGAUACUGGAGCAUCCGGCGGAGAAGUUUCCGGGCGUCUUUGGAGGCAUCAAGUUGUUCGAGACGUACCCAUACCUGCUACCUUGUUUGGCCGGAGCGAGCUUCACGACUCUGGGAGCUAUCCUGUCCCUGUUCAUCGGGCCGGACGGUGGGCCCAGGCAGGGGCAGAUUAGGCUCCAGGAGGGGGAAGGGGAGGUGGCGCAGACUACGAGCAAUGCGAACGCCGCCGGACGCAGUGGUCUGGCCGCCGUAGCCGCCAGCGCCGGACAGAGGAUUAGCGGUCUCUUCGGCAACGACGACGAUUCCAACCAGGGCCAUACGGCACAAGCUUCGCAGAUCAGCCUGGGGCGCACCUCCUCCGCCAUUCACGCGCCGGAUGGGCUGCCCCGCACAUUUACCCAGCAGGUCGACGAGGAGACUGGCGGGCCACCUUCACCCCUCGAUAGCGAUGAUGAGGGGACCAUCGUUACAAGGCGAUCUGGCCGUACGCACGGUGGAGGGCGUGGACGAUCUGACUGGGACUCAAGGCUUGGGUUAGGCUUCUCCUCUAGUGGAGCUGCGCCUUCUGCUUCUGGUUUCUCGCGCACAGAGGAGCGAAGGAGAGGAGUUUUGGGAGGAGGCAGUGCAUAUGGUUACGACUCGAAUCGUUUCAGCACCAUCAGCGCCGGAGGCGAAGGUUUGCGCUCGAGGAACAAUCGCAUUUCUGCAAUCCAGCAGCAGGAGUUCGGCAGCCAGCCUCGUCGCGGGAGCAAUGCGACUGGGGUGAAUCGCUACUCGUAUACUCCGUCCGCUAUGGGCUCUGCGUACAACUACGCACCCGACUUCGAGGCCGUGGGCGAGGAUCCGAAUCUGGCGCCUGCGCCUAGAAAGCUCAACUUUGCGCAACGCUUCUUGCUCGCCAACGAUGAUGCUGUGCUGAGCAUCACGGAUCUUUGGGUCGCUGCGGCGAUCAAUGGUGACGAAGCUAGCUACGCGGCCGUGGAGGAGGACGAUCUAGAUGAAGGGGACGAGAGGGACGGAGAAGGAGAUGGCGAUGGCGAGGGCGAGGGUGACAGCCAGGCGAUUGACUCGAGCUUCGACAUCGACUCGACAGACGAGCUCGAUGAGGACGACGAGGUCGGGGCAGGAAGGGAGCGACUCGAUUCGAUGGACAAUUCGCGACUACGCCCCUACCUCCCACCCCUCAACAUCGCCCAACGGCGUGGAUCUCGCGGCACUCGCAUGGGAUCUAUGCGACUUCCGAGCUUCAAUGCCGCCCGCGUGCCAUCCCUCUACAACAAUACGGGCAUCGACCUUCCCUCACCAUGGAGCGAAGGCCCCACGCCGACUGAGGAGAAUCCUUCCGGCUCGACCUUUGCAACCAGCAACAUCAAUGCUCCAGCGGCCGGUCAGUCAAGGUAUGACCCUACCCUCGCCGGCAUUCCGGAGUCAGCCUCAGCCCGCAACACUCUCGGCAAGGCAGCAGGCAGCGAAGAGCAACAACGCCUUCUUGCCGCGCAGAGCAGCAGCAGUAACUACGCCGCGACGGACGCGACGGCGAAAAAGUCAUCCGCCUCUGGCCCCUCCGCACCUCCGAGCCUCUGGUCCCUCCUUCCCAUGACGAUCAUCGCGCACUACGGCCUCCUCGCCUUCCACAGUGCCACCUUCGACCAGGUCUUCAUGGCUUUCCUCGUCACGCCCUUCCCCUCCGGCGGCCUCGGUCUGACGGCAGCGCACUACGCCGAGCUUAUCUCCGCAAUGGCCUUCUGUCAGAUUGGCUUUCAGUUCUACUUCUACCCGAAGAUCGGCCCGCCUCAGGGAAAGUGGAGCCACCUGGCUAUGAUGCGUCUAGGCACGGCCUUGUACUUGCCGACGUACAUCCUCUUCCCGCUCUUGAGGCGUUUCCUCCACCCGCAGACGGAUGCCGCAGUCAUGACUUUCAUGAUCAUCUUUGCCUCGAUGCGCUGGCUUGCCAACAUCUGCGCAUUUACCGCCGUCUCUAUCCUGAUGAACGCGCUCACGCCGCCCAAUCUCGUUCCGUUGGCCAAUGGUCUGGCGCAGACGACGAGUAGUGCGGCUAGGUUCGUCGGGCCCAUCGUGGGCGGUAUUGUCUGGGCAAAGGGGAUCCAGCCUGGAUUCGAGGAUAGGGCAUGGCCGUGGAGCUACCAGCUGGGUUUCGUGUUCGUGGGCCUUGCUGGAUUUACCGGCUUCUUACAUGCAACACUGGUUCUCAAAGGAGCGAGCGCUAACGCGUAG